AUCGCAGCCCUGUUCCUGGGAAACUGGGAGUGCAGGAGGCCCUGCUUUUCAGCCACAACCACAGAGCUCCUGUGUUUCUCCCCAAGUCUCCCUGCUAUACAUCUCAAUGGCAAUUGGUACAUCUCUUGAGGAGGGACCUGAUAGACAACAGCUGGGUCAUGACGGCUGCCCAUCAGCGACAACAGGACCUACGGCGUGGCGCUGGGACGGCUUCUUUACAUUGCGGGUCUGGCUCGCUGGCCGUCAGUGUCUCUAAGAGCUACAUGGUGCAUCCGGACUGGGACUCAGCGUGCCUCAAAGGGUUCGUUUCUGUCUGGAUGCACUUGGGGGGUGCAGGCAUUUUUACCCUGGUGAAGCUGGCUGACCGUCUCCCGCCUCACCGACAAGAUCCAGCUGGCCUGCCUCCCUCCCUGCUGGCUUUUAGCACACCCAACAACUACCCCUGCUCGUCACGGGCUGGGGAUAUCUGCAUAACCGACGGGCCUGCUUCUGAUGUCCUGCAGCAAGGUCUGUUGCUGGUUGUGGACUAUGACACCUGCUCCAGCCCUGACUGGUGGGGCAGCACCGUGAAAUGCUGCAUGAUCUGUGCUGGGGGUGAUGGUGUGACCUCCAGCUGCUACGGAGACUCCGGCGGGCCGCUGAACUGUCAGGCAGCUGACGGCCGGUGGGAGGUGCAUGGCAUCGUCAGCUUUGGGUCUAGCUUCGGCUGCAACUACUACCAAAAGCCCUCCGUCUUCACACGGGUCUCCAAAUACAUCAACUGGAUCAAUUCG